AUGGAGCAUAUUCUCCGUCUAUCAGAGAUUCUAUAUGUUGGUCUGUGUCGUAAGAUAGGGACACCAACAGAAGUGGAGAUCAGAAGGGACGUGAAGGACGUUGAGGAGAUGAUAAGGAAACCUGUUACUAUGCACAGAGGGAUGGUGCAGAUGGAUAGUGGUAGUUAUAGAGAGGGAUUUAGGUUUACAUCAUCUGACAGGGAUACAAUGAUGUGGGCUUUUAAAUAUAAACUUAUAACUGACAUAUCUCAGUCUAGCGUUUACAAUACAUCAAAACAUCACAUAAUACUUAUUGAAGAUUCCGAAACCCCACCAGGAUUUAUUAGACUACGGCAUAUGACGUACACACAAGAGAAUACCAUGUUAUCAUUAUGUCUUCUUCCCUUCAACUGCGGAAUAUAUUUAUCUAGUUCACUCUUUAUGGAAUCAGUUUUUAAUUUCUUUAUUAGAGAAAAACAUUUUCAACAGGUGAAUUGCAGAAUCAAUGGUCCUUGUAAUAGUGCGUGUGAAAGAACGAUUGAAUGUGAUAAUGCUUUUUGUUUUGCCACUAUUUAUUGGCCUAAACUUUUAAGAGUUUGGGUUGACAGAUGCCGGAGACAUACCUGGCCGCCUGUGCCUGUGUUGAAAAAUAUUCUACGAAAUGGAUAUCACUGUAUGCCUGUUGGAAGUAAAAUAAUAUCGACGUCUAGCGAAUUAGAAUGGAGAUUGUCGUUUUCUCAAGCCGAACAACAGCUUGUGUUUAUCAUGAAUCAUACACAAUUUCUAUGUUACGGUCUUUUAAAAAUAUUUCUUAAGGAAGUUAUCAAUUACAGGAAGGAACCAUUACUUUGUUCGUAUUACAUGAAAACCACAAUAUUCUGGAUAAUUCAACUUGGACAUUUAGGAUGGUACCCAAACAGUUUACUGGAUUGCUUCUGGAAAUGUUUUAAAUAUCUCAUUCAUUGCGUUUAUUUUGGAGUUUUCCCCAAUUUUUUUAUUUCACAGAACAACAUGUUCAUAAACAAAGUAGUCGGUGAAGCACGUGAUUCUCUUUUUCAACAGCUUUAUCAGUAUUACAGAAUGGGUGUAUCCUGUCUACUGCUGAGUCCGACUCUCAGAUCAAUCCUAGAACCUGCCCUCAUUAGCCCUUUUUUUUGUACUAUCCUCUGCUGA